AUGCCGAGUCACUCGCGCAGUCGGGACCGCUAUCGCGGCGAGCGGGAUCCUAGCAGACGUUAUCGCGAGGUUUAUGAUGAUGAUGACGAUGACGAUGACGAUUUCGAUUACCAUCCCCGUGAACGAAGGCGAUAUAGGCGUGACGAUUACCAGCAUGAUAUACGAAGCCAUGAAUCUCGAGACUAUGACAAUGAUUUGAACGAAUAUGAUGUUGCUACGGAGGACCCUGCGGUGCCUCUUAGAUCGCAUGAUGUGGAGGGGAGACGGAGAGAAAGGUCUAGGGCGGGAGAAUCGCCAAUUGCAUCGCCAAGUAGGAGAGAUAGAAAUCGUGGUGGGGAGGAAUACAGAAGGCACGGAACCUAUGGUGACGGUGGUACUCCUACCCGUGGCGCUAGGGACCGGAGGUAUCGCAGUCGGGACGGCCAAGGGGAACGACCCCGCGACAUGGAUAGAGAGGCGCGAAGGCAGAGGCGAAGGGAAAGGGCACGCGGCGCUGCAGCAAUGAAGCAUAAGAGCAGUGAUUCUACGAACAGCGGAUCCCAUCUGUUGAGUGCUGAUGCGUUGGCCAAACUCCGCUCCCAUUAUGAUGAGGAAGACCAAUGGCAAAGAUCGCAGGCAGAAGAACAACGUCGGACGGAGAGCAGGCGUCAGCGUAAACGUCCUAUUGUUGGCGAUGAACCGCAGACUCUUGCUCCAUUCCCUGAGGAGACGCCCCGAGGACAGUCGAAAGGCAGAAUCGUGUCUGGUGCUUAUCUGGAAGAGGGUCAUCCAGAGAUGGAGGUUCGGCAUCGCGGAGGUGGUGGUCCAACAAUGGAGGCCAGAUGGCGGAAGGAGGGUAAUUGGGAUGGAAGUAUGGAGAACCCCAAUGCACAACCGCCAUUCUGGAAGCGGAAGAAAUGGUGGAUUGUCAUAGGUGUGCUGAUCGUCGUGCUCGCUAUUGUUAUCCCGGUUGCUGUCGUUAUGUCUAAGAAACAUGGCCAUGAUGAUGAUGAUGAUAAAUCAGGCUCAAACUCUUCCGUCGAUAACAGCGACUCGCCUUAUAUCUCAAGCUUGGAUGGGCUAAGUCAUGACAGCAUUCCAGAAUAUGCUCAGGGAUCAAUACUGGACCCCUGGACGUGGUACGACACUAGAGACUUUAACCUGACCUUCACCAACGAGACUGUCGGUGGCCUUCCUAUCAUGGGGCUAAACUCAACAUGGGACGACUCAACAAGGCCUAACGACAAUGUGCCCCCGUUAAACGAAUCUUUCCCGUACGGUUCGCAACCAAUUCGCGGUGUGAACCUUGGAGGAUGGCUGUCAAUCGAGCCCUUUAUUGUCCCUUCACUAUUCGAGAGUUACUCAAGCAAGGACAGAAUUAUCGAUGAGUAUACACUAUGCAAAAAGCUUGGAUCGUCCGCUGCCUCGACAAUCGAAAAGCAUUAUGCCGACUUUAUUUCAGAACAAGAUUUUAUAGACAUGAGGGAUGCAGGAUUGGAUCAUGUUCGUAUCCAAUUCUCCUACUGGGCGGUCACAACGUAUGACGAUGAUCCGUAUGUCGCAAAAAUCUCAUGGAGGUACCUCUUGCGAGCCAUUGAAUACUGCCGAAAGUACGGGCUCCGCGUUAACUUAGACCCGCAUGGCAUUCCGGGUAGCCAAAAUGGCUGGAACCAUAGCGGCCGCGAGGGAGUUAUCGGCUGGUUGAAUGGUACGGACGGCCAACUGAACAGACAGCGCUCUCUCGAUUUCCACAACCAAAUCUCGCAGUUCUUCGCGCAACCCCGCUACAAGAAUGUUGUUACAAUUUACGGGCUCGUCAAUGAGCCACUCAUGCUCUCGUUGCCGGUCGAGGACGUAUUAAAUUGGACAACAGAUGCCACCAAGCUGGUGCAGAAGAACGGUAUUUCAGCCUAUGUCACCGUCCACGACGGCUUCUUGAACUUGAGCAAAUGGAAGAAAAUGCUGAAGGACCGGCCGGACCGGAUGUUCCUGGACACUCACCAGUACACCAUCUUCAACACGGGACAAAUUGUCCUUAACCACACGGACCGGGUAAAGCUCAUCUGUAAUGACUGGUACAACAUGAUCAAAGAGAUCAACACCACAAGCGCAGGCUGGGGCCCAACCAUCUGCGGCGAAUGGUCCCAAGCUGAUACCGACUGUGCCCAAUACCUCAACAACGUCGGUCGCGGCACCCGCUGGGAGGGCACCUUUGCUAUAGGCGAUUCAACGGUCUACUGUCCCACUGCUGACACAGGACCAACCUGCAGCUGUGCCUCCGCCAAUGCCCCUCCUGCGGAUUACUCAGACGGCUACAAGAAGUUCCUUCAAACAUAUGCCGAGGCGCAGAUGUCUGCUUUUGGAACAGCUCAGGGCUGGUUUUAUUGGACCUGGCAUACCGAGUCCGCUGCCCAGUGGAGCUACAAAACGGCUUGGAAGAAUGGCUAUAUGCCGAAGAAAGCUUACGCUCCAGAUUUCAAGUGUGGUGAUGAUAUUCCGAGUUUCGGGGAUUUACCGGAAUUUUAUUAG